AUAAUCAACAAAUUUAACCAAACAACUUCAAGUAUAGUAACAAAUUAUUAUUAGUUUCUUGCUCAGUCUUGGGCCACAAUUUUUUCUGUGACGCCGUUGCGAUCUUUUACUGCGCGCGCAGUGUUGAAAAGUGUUUUUGAAAUAUUAACGCUUUGUUUUUUCUGGUACAGCGUCGGUUUUCAGCUGCUCUUUUUCUCAAUUUGUUUAACAAUUACCAUUUUUUUUUGUAAUAAAACCCCGUGUGGCCAAUUGGGCAAACCAUCUAAAUAAACAUGGACGAAUCGCGCAGAUCGAUGGCAGGAAAGAUGGAUUCUCGCCAGCUAUCGAUGGCGACCAACGACGAGAGCGUUAGCAUGUACCUAUCCUUUGACGCAGACGACACUUUAUCCGGCGGAAGUAAGUGGCAAUCGGCACUCGUCACCCAGAAUAGUCAGUACUUGGAAGUGCACUCCAGCAAGAUGGAGGGUAACUUUGAUGACAAGGACCUCAGGCGUACCGUCCUGAAGGAUCUGCAGCAGUUGGCUAUCAGUGAACCGGACCAGAGUUCGCCACUUCGCCCAUUUGACAAGAGCGUUUUAAAUUUGCACAACGCCUUGUGCUCCACACCCUCCAAGGACAACACACAGGCAGAACCGCUAGCUCAGAUUAUAGCCAUGAACCUGUCAAGUGUGGAUGACAAGGAAAACACCCAACCUGACGGGGAUAAUCAUGCUGGUGGCGAAAACUCUACGCUGUCCAGUUCCGUGGACUUGACCGCCAACACGGUAAAAGCCAAUACCUUGAAGACUGCUGAUGUCACCGUAGACGAGGAAUCCUUGCAGGAGCCCGUUAAGACUCCAGCUCCAAGUCAGGUCUAUCCGUUGAGUGCCAAUGUGGUGCUAGAAAACAUCACAGAAGUUUCGAACGAAGGCGUUUCCAUGCUUGCCUCGCCUCCAGCAGAAAAGGAGAUCGUCCAGGUCAACGAAGUGGUGAACGAAGUUUCUGAGCUGAUUGCAAAAGCCCUAAAGAUAUCUCAAGACUCCGUCAAGCCAUCAGCCUCUGUAAAGCCGUCGUCCUCCAAUUUAAAGGUGGAAGUGGGCAAAAAGAGACCGAGCCUUUUGGGAGCUUUGCCACGCCCAAGGCGCUCGUAUCAGCCGAUCACCAGUACUGAGACACGCAACUACUCCAUCAUGCAACGCAUGUCGGUGGUGGUAAAGACCACGCUCAAUAGUCCAGCUCGGAAAAUGGGUACGGGCGGAGGUGUGGCUGCUAGCCGCCGUAGUUUCUUGCCCGUUUCCAAAUCGGUUAAGAAUACCAAUCGCAAGAGCCUCGCUGUGGCUAGUUUCCGUACGCCAACAAAAACCAUUCAGAAACCGGCUGUUCUACCAGCGAAGGAGAUUUCUGAAAAUGUAUUUAAAUGCAAGAUUUGCGGGCAGACCUUUCGCUUGAAGUGUCUGCUAACAACGCAUGUGCGCAUGCACGAUUUGGUGGAAAAUGGUCCCAAGACCCUUAAGCGUCUGCACGUCAAUCCGGCUGGAGCUGGAAGCUCGAAGAAUCGCUGCAAGUUCUGCGACAAGAACUUCGCCCUGGAGCGUGCUCUGCACAUUCAUUUGAUGCAAAACUGCACCAAGAUUCCGCCAACCGAAAAGCGCAAGCUGCAGUUUACCGAACUGAACCACGAGAAGAAGGCCCAGCUGCCCAAGAUCGGUGUAGUUCCUUCCAGCGCGGUAGCCGCACGACUGACUUUGCCUCAGAAGAGUGGGAUUCAAGCGAUCUCUACUCCGGGAACCGCCUCUACGAAUGUGGCCCAGUCCAUGGUCCCGCCGUCCGUAAAGAAGGUUCUCAAGAACGUGGCGCAUGCCGGCGUCUUUCGUACUCCCACCAAGACUGUGCCGUGCCACAUCUGCAAGCAAUCCUUUAAAAGUAUACUCGAGUUCACCAACCACAGCCUGACCGUUCACGUGAAGAAGCAGCUAAACGAGGACGAAAUGGGUGCACAGAGUGUCAAAGAUUAAAUCAAACGAUUGGUGUAUAGCCUAGUCUAGGUAUAAGUCAAAUGUACUUUAAUCUCUCCAGUUUAAAUGCACAUUAAACUAAUCA